CGGGCCGAGGACCAGGCCAUCAGCAUGCCGUACGCCAACCAGCCCACCGUGCGCAUCACCGAGCUCACCGACGAGAACGUCAAGUUCAUCAUCGAGAACACCGACUUGGCAGUGGCCAAUUCCAUCCGGAGAGUCUUCAUCGCCGAGGUGCCCAUCAUAGCUAUUGACUGGGUCCAGAUAGACGCCAACUCCUCAGUGCUUCAUGAUGAAUUCAUUGCCCAUAGGCUUGGGCUGAUCCCUCUCACCAGUGAUGACAUCGUGGACAAGCUGCAAUACUCCAGGGACUGCACCUGUGAAGAGUUCUGCCCCGAGUGCUCCGUGGAAUUCACGCUCGACGUCCGCUGCAACGAAGACCAGACUCGCCACGUGACGUCUCGGGAUCUCAUCUCCAACAGCCCCCGGGUCAUUCCGGUGACCUCUCGGAGCAGAGACAACGAUCCCAAUGAUUACGUAGAACAGGAUGACAUCCUCAUCGUCAAGCUGCGCAAGGGGCAGGAGCUGAGACUGCGGGCCUACGCCAAGAAGGGCUUUGGAAAGGAGCAUACUAAGUGGAACCCCACUGCAGGGGUGGCCUUCGAGUACGACCCAGAUAACGCUCUGAGGCAUACGGUCUACCCCAAGCCGGAGGAAUGGCCAAAGAGCGAGUACUCUGAGAUUGACGAAGAUGAAGCCCAGGCUCCCUACGACCCCAACGGCAAGCCGGAAAGGUUCUACUACAACGUGGAGUCCUGCGGCUCGCUGCGGCCCGAGACCAUCGUCCUCUCGGCUCUGUCUGGUUUAAAGAAGAAACUAAGUGAUCUCCAGACCCAGCUGAGCCACGAGAUCCAGAGUGAUGUCCUAACCAUAAACUAGACUCAGCCCCUUCCAACUGGGUGCUGGCCCACUCCACAUCCCCAGAUCCCCAUCUUCGUGUGGUCCCUAAGGAGGAACUGGACCGCCCACUUCCCCUCCUCCUAAGUUUCACUAGUACCCUAACCCCUAGUGAAGAUGGGCCAGGUCUAAGUCCCAACUCUUUUAUAAUCCUGCACAAACAGCUGCAGACCUCUCUAUGUGGCUGGGGCAUUAUGUGGCCUGAGUGAGUAAUCCUUUUAAGGGCUGGAAUCCAGGAAUUCUACGUUUAACCCUGAGGAUGUGCUGAUGUGCUUUUGUGAAGGUGCCUGACUAGCUAAGACAUUUUGAAUCAUUUCCCUCACAGUGAGCUAUCGUCAGUGGGUGGAGGGAUCCGUGGCCGAGAUCACCGGUCAGUUUAAGCCUCGUCUUGCCAGGGGACUAUUGGCUGAACCACGGCUUUUCCUCAGACGCCCUUUAUCCUGACCGCCGUGUGAGCUAGGGUUACCGAUCUCAGGCUAAGACCCCAGGCCCUCACUCCCACCCUCCUCCUAACGAGAUGAGGACCACGUUUGGAAAGAAAUUUAGGCUUCUGAUAAAACAUUCUGCCCCUCUGGCACAGGGACUUUUUUCCUAAUUUUUGGAAAAGGAAUAAUGUUGUCUCACAGAGGAAGGAAACUGCUUCCUUAAUGAAGAUGGUGGACCGUGGCUGCACUAGGUCCCAUCACACAGUCCAAGCUGGAAGAUGAAGAAAAUCAACACCAGGAGAGUACAGGUCCUUUAUUGAGUGAGCAGGUUUGUGGGGGAGGAGUUUAUCUUUUUUUUUUUAUUUAAUAAAAAUCGUUUUGGCAAUAAA